UCCGGGAGUUGACGUGCGGCGCCUCUGCGCUCGCCUCCGGCUUUCUCGGCUCCCGCCGAUCCCGGUCUCGGGAGUCGGGAGGGGAGUUCAUGUUGGCCUCGACUCGUUACGCGCGUACUUAGCGAUUGUGGCGGCCGGAGGAAUGGCUACUGCAGCACUAGGGUGUCAGUUGGUCCCGCCCAGAACAGUUCUGCUCUGCAAGGAUAUAUAAUUGAUUGGUGUGUCCAUAUAAUCCAAGAAAAUGGAAACUGAACAGCCAGAGGAAACCUUCCCCAACACCGAAACCAACGGUGAAUUUGGUAAACGCCCUGCAGAAGAUAUGGAAGAGGAACAAGCUUUUAAAAGAUCUAGGAACACUGAUGAGAUGGUUGAAUUACGCAUUCUGCUUCAGAGCAAGAAUGCUGGGGCAGUGAUUGGAAAAGGAGGCAAGAAUAUUAAGGCUCUGCGUACAGACUACAAUGCCAGUGUUUCAGUCCCAGACAGCAGUGGCCCCGAGCGCAUAUUGAGUAUCAGUGCUGAUAUUGAAACAAUUGGAGAAAUUCUGAAGAAAAUCAUCCCUACCUUGGAAGAGGGCCUGCAGUUGCCAUCACCCACUGCAACCAGCCAGCUCCCGCUCGAAUCUGAUGCUGUGGAAUGCUUAAAUUACCAACACUAUAAAGGAAGCGACUUUGACUGCGAAUUGAGACUGUUGAUUCAUCAGAGUCUGGCAGGAGGGAUUAUUGGGGUCAAAGGUGCUAAAAUCAAAGAACUUCGAGAGAACACUCAGACAACAAUCAAGCUAUUCCAGGAAUGCUGUCCUCAUUCCACUGACAGAGUCGUUCUUAUUGGAGGAAAACCUGAUAGGGUUGUAGAGUGCAUAAAGAUCAUCCUUGAUCUUAUAUCAGAGUCGCCCAUCAAAGGACGUGCACAGCCUUAUGAUCCCAACUUUUAUGAUGAAACUUAUGAUUAUGGUGGCUUUACAAUGAUGUUUGAUGACCGCCGUGGCCGUCCUGUGGGAUUUCCCAUGCGGGGAAGAGGUGGUUUUGAUAGAAUGCCUCCUGGUCGGGGUGGGCGCCCCAUGCCUCCAUCUAGAAGAGAUUAUGAUGACAUGAGCCCUCGGCGAGGACCUCCUUCCCCUCCUCCUGGACGAGGUGGCCGGGGUGGUAGCAGAGCUCGCAAUCUUCCUCUUCCUCCUCCACCACCACCUAGAGGAGGGGAUCUAAUGGCCUAUGACAGGAGAGGAAGACCUGGAGAUCGCUAUGAUGGCAUGGUUGGUUUCAGUGCCGAUGAAACAUGGGACUCUGCAAUAGAUACAUGGAGCCCUUCAGAAUGGCAGAUGGCUUAUGAACCACAGGGUGGCUCUGGAUAUGAUUAUUCCUAUGCAGGGGGUCGUGGCUCAUAUGGUGAUCUUGGUGGACCUAUUAUUACAACACAAGUAACUAUUCCCAAAGAUCUGGCUGGAUCUAUAAUUGGCAAAGGUGGUCAGAGGAUUAAACAAAUUCGUCAUGAGUCAGGAGCUUCGAUCAAAAUUGAUGAGCCUUUAGAAGGGUCCGAAGAUCGGAUCAUUACCAUUACAGGAACACAGGACCAGAUACAGAAUGCACAGUAUUUGCUGCAGAACAGUGUGAAGCAGUAUGCAGAUGUUGAAGGAUUCUAAUGCAAGAUAUUUUUUCUUUUUUAUAGUGUGAAGCAGUAUUCUGGAAAGUUUUUCUAAGACUAGUGAAGAACUGAAGGAGUCCUGCAUCUUUUAUUUUUUAUCUGCUUCUGUUUAAAAAGCCAACAUUCCUCUGCUUCAUAGGUGUUCUGCAUUUGAGGUGUAGUGAAAUCUUUGCUGUUCACCAGAUGUAAUGUUUUAGUUCCUUACAAACUGGGUCGGGGGGGAGGGUGUGCAAAAACUAACAUUGAAAUUUUGAAACA